AUGGCGGAGGCUCUUGGAGCUUUGCUGGAGGCCAGCUUGGAUCCGCGACGAAACAAGGAAGCCGAGCUUGCUCUGCGCCAGGAAGAACAGAAUCCAGGCUUUUCGCUGCAACUCCUCCAGAUUUCGGCGUCGGAGGCCUACCCCAGCAACAUUCGCCUUGCUAGUGCCCUUUGCUUCAAGAACUUCGUUAAGCGUAACUGGACCAAUGAGGAUGGAAACUGGAAGCUGCCGCAGAAUGAGGUUGAGACCAUCAAGCGCGAGCUGAUCAACCUGAUGAUCUCAGUCCCUCCCUCGAUUCAGACUCAGUUGGGCGAGGCUGUCAGUGUGAUCGCCGACAGUGACUUCUGGGAGCGAUGGGAUACUCUUGUUGAUGACCUUGUUUCGAAGCUGUCCCCGUCAAACCCUACGGUCAACAUUGGUGUUUUGCAAGUUGCACACUCGAUCUUCAAGCGUUGGCGGCCACUCUUCCAGUCGAACGAACUCUACAGGGAGAUUAAUCACGUCCUUGAGAAGUUCGGCACUCCCUUCCUGUCCCUGUUCGAGGGACUGGACAACUACCUCGAACAAAACAAGACCAACAAAGAGAACCUGAUACAAGGUUACAACCAGCUUAAUCUGAUGAUUAAGCUAUUCUACGAUCUCUCAUGCCAUGACCUUCCUCCUAUGUUCGAAGAUAAUAUCUCUGCGAUUGCGCAGAUCCUGCUCAAAUACCUCACAUACGACAAUCAACUACUGCACACGGAUGAUGACACAGAGGCGGGUCCGUUGGAGUAUGUCCGUGCUGGAAUCUUCGAGGUUCUGACCCUGUACGUCCAGAAGUUCUUGGACGCGUUCGGACCGCAUGUUGGACAGUUCAUUCAAAGCUCCUGGAACUUCUUGACAACCAUCGGCCAGGAGACCAAGUAUGACAUUCUUGUCAGCCGCGCACUCCACUUCUUGACGUCGGUCGCUAGCAUGCCCGAGCAUGCCGGUUCCUUCCAGGCCGAAGAAACCCUGAGCCAAAUUAUUGAGAAGGUUAUUCUGCCUAACGUGAGCCUGCGUAAGUCUGAUGAGGAACUGUUUGAGGAUGAGCCGAUUGAGUUCAUCCGACGGGACCUAGAGGGAUCUGAUAGCGAGACCAGGCGGCGUGCCGCGACUGACUUCCUUCGACGACUUGCGGAGAAGUUUGAGGAGUCGGUGACCAAGGUGACGCUCAAGUACACCGAGCACUACCUGGCCGAGUAUGCCAAGGACCCUGUCUCAAACUGGAAGUCCAAAGAUACGGCAACCUACCUCUUCUCUGCAAUUGCAGCCAAGGGCGUGGCCACGUCUACCCACGGUGUCACUGCUACCAACAACUUGGUCAGCAUCACCGACUUCUUCCAGCAGCAUCUCGCCGCAGACCUGAUCUCGGAUGACGGAGUUCACCCAAUUCUCAAGGUUGACGCUAUCAAGUACCUGUACACUUUCCGCAGCAUCAUCACAAAAGAGCAGUGGCAGCAAGUGCUUCCUGUCUUGGUGAAGCACCUAGCCUCGGAGAACUACGUUGUCUACACAUACGCUGCGAUUGCGGUGGAGCGGGCUCUCUUCCUCAGUGAUGGCCAGGGACACCCCGUCAUCCCCCCUGCUGAGAUCACACCACUGUCGAACCAACUCCUGGAGCACAUCUUCCAGCUGAUCCAGCGAGAUCCGGCCCCCGAGAAGGUGCAGGAGAACGAGUUUCUGAUGCGCUGUGUAAUGCGGGUUCUAGUUGUCAUUCGUGAGGGUGUUGUCCCUUUCACGGAUGUCGUGUUGAACCGUUUCAUCACCAUUACGGAUAUCAUCCGCACCAAUCCCAGUAACCCCAAAUUCUACUACUACCACUUUGAAGCCAUGGGUGCUUUUAUCCGAUUUGCAGCCCCCGCGAAUCCCGAUAAGCUUGAGCAGGCUCUUUAUACACCAUUCGCUGGUAUUCUCCAGAACGAUGUGCAAGAGUUCAUGCCCUAUGUGUUCCAGCUCUUCGCGGCUCUGCUUGAGGCCAACCCCUCCGCAACUCUGCCCACCUACUACCAGGAGCUGAUCGCGCCCAUCUUGAUGCCGGUCAUGUGGGAGUCUCGAGGAAACAUCCCCGCACUUGUGCGGUUGAUUUCCUCUAUCAUUCCACGUGGUUCCCUGUACAUCGUUGAGCACAACCAGGUUGAGCCCAUUCUGGGUAUCUUCCAGAAGCUGUUGUCGACCAAGACCAACGAGGGCUAUGGCUUUGAUCUGCUGGAAUCGGUUGUCUCAACCUUCCCACCCACCGUUCUCGAGCCGUACUUCAUCCAGAUCAUGCAGAUCAUCCUGCAGCGUCUGCAGAACUCCAAAACCGAGAACCUGUCGCUCCGAUUUGUCCGAUUCUACCACUUCCUGACUGCCCAUGAUGACAAGGGAUAUAGCCCAGACACUAUCCAGCAGGUGUGCGAAAAGAUUCAGCCAGACCUCUUCAAGGACGUCUACCUCAGACUCGUCCUUCAAGAUACCCAAAAGCUCGCGCGGCCGCUUGACCGUAAGACUGCAGUUCUCUCCCUCACCAAGACUCUUGCCAACUCGGAGGCCUUUGCCUCCAAGUACAUCAAGGGUUGGGCCUUCACCUGCAACACUCUCCUCAAGCUCCUUGAGCUUCCUCCAGAGGUUGUCCACAAGGAUGACCUCAUCGAGGUUGAUGCCGAGGAGAUGUCUUUCGGUGUGGGCUUCACCGCGCUGAAUACCAUUCGCAUGCAGCCCAGGGACCCUUGGCCCGAGACCGGCGCCGAUCUGAAGGCCUGGGUAGGAUCGUACCUGAAGGAGGCCGACAAGAAGCACGGUGGCCGGGUCUCGCAGUUCGCGCAGGAGCGUCUUGACGACCAAGCCAAGGCUGUGCUGGGAAGCUAUAUUUCCUAA